AUGAUAAUUUUGUACUUGUUGGAAAAUGUUGCUGACAAGGAGAUUUCAGGUUAUUUAUACAAUCGACCAAAUGUCUCAUCGGAUUUUGAAUGGAAUCCAAAUGGAACAACAAUUCUCAAUAAAACAAUCAUUGGAAUGAAUCAAUUUGAUUUGUUUAUUGAUCACAACAAUACAAUUUACAUUUCAACUGACCAAAUUUUGAUUUUUACUCAAGGAAAUAUGAGUUUAAUUGGAAAUAUUUCAAUGAAUUUGAAGAACUCAUCAAGUUUAUUUGUGAUAAAAGAAGAAAAGAUUUAUGUUGACACAUUUUAUUCAUCAAAUAUGAGUGUUGUCAGUGAAAUAGAAAUGAAUUCAUCAAUGAGAAUGAAUUUCAUUUCACGAAUGAACUUUUGUGAACAAUGUUUUGAUAUUUUUGUGAGUGAAGAUCAAACUUUGUUUUGUUCAUUAUCUCAACAACAUCAAAUCAUUUCCAAAUCAUUACUCAAUCAAUGGGACUACCUGUCAACUGUUGCAGGAACAGGAAAUGCAGGAUCAACAUCAACAACAUUUCGAAAUCCUCAUGGAAUAUUUCUUGAUGAAACAAAUUCAACUUUAUUUGUUGCUGAUUGUGGAAAUAAUCGAAUACAAAAGUUUCUCUUAGGUUCAUUUCAAGGUGAAACAAUUCUUUCCAAUCAAACAUUUGAUUUGAAUUGUCCAAGUGGAAUCACAUUGGAUAAUCAAGGUUUUGUUUUUCUUGUUGAUUCAAAUAAUCAUCGAAUUAUUGGACAAAACUCGAAUGGUUUUCAUUGUUUAAUUGGAUGUAAUCAAUCAGUUGGAUCAAAUCCAAAUCAACUGAAUUCUCCAUCGAAUCUUCAAUUUGAUUCAUUUGGAAAUCUUUUUGUCGUUGAUCAACAAAAUCAUCGAAUUCAAAAAUUUGACUUAAUCACCUAUUCAGGACAAUGGAAAUUAACGGGAAAUAUGAAUGUUGCACGAGAAUAUCAUACAGCAUCGAUUUUACCAAAUGGAAAAGUCUUAGUCACUGGUGGAGACAAUGGUAAUGUUAAUCUGAAUAGUGCUGAAUUGUAUGAUCCAUCAACAGGUAAUUGGACAACAACUGGAAAUAUGAGUGUUGCACGAGAAUAUCAUACAGCAUCGAUUUUACCAAAUGGAAAAGUCUUAGUCACUGGUGAAUCUGGUGGUGGUAAUAGUGCUGAAUUGUAUGAUCCAUCAACAGGUAAUUGGACAACAACUGGAAAUAUGAGUGCUGCACGAUAUGCACACACAGCAUCGAUUUUAUCAAAUGGAAAAGUCUUAGUCGCUGGUGGACAUAAUCUGAAUAGUGCUGAAUUGUAUGAUCCAUCAACAGGUAAUUGGACAACAACUGGAAGUAUGAGUGUUGCACGAUAUGGACACACAGCAUCGAUUUUAUCAAAUGGAAAAGUCUUAGUCGCUGGUGGAUGCACUGGUAGUGUUUAUCUGAAUAGUGCUGAAUUGUAUGAUCCAUCAACAGGUAAUUGGACAACAACUGGAAAUAUGAGUAUUGCACGACAUGAAUACACAGCAUCGAUUUUAUCAAAUGGAAAAGUCUUAGUCGCUGGUGGAAACAAUGGUAGUGUUUAUCUAGAUAGUACUGAAUUGUAUGAUCCAUCAACAGGUAAUUGGACAACAACUGAAAAUAUGAGUGUUGCACGACAUGAACACACAGCAUCGAUUUUAUCAAAUGGAAAAGUCUUAGUCGCUGGUGGAUACAGUGGUAGUGUUUAUCUGAAUAGUGCUGAAUUGUAUGAUCCAUCAACAGGUAAUUGGACAAGAACGGGAAAUAUGAGUGCUGGACGCGAAUGGUAUACGGCAUCGAUUUUAUCAAAUGGAAAAGUCUUAGUCACUGGUGGAAAGAAUGGUGGUGCUCUGAACAGUGCCGAAUUGUAUUGA